CGUGGCAGGGGCCGGCCCGGGAAGCGGAGGAGGCGGGUCUCCAUAGAAACCUCCACUAGUUUCCGGCCAGGCAGUGCGAGAUUAGGGGCUGCUGCGGGGGCCAAUCUCAGCCAGCUCGCUUUUCCCAGUGGCCUCUGCGAGAGUGGUGGGUGUUGUACACAAUCAUCAUGGCGGCGGCCGGAACCCCGGAUGGCAUGGAGGAACCUGGCAUGGACACGGAGGCCGAGACGGUGGCGGCCGAGGCUCCCGCUCGGCCCAUCAACUGCGUGGAGGCCAAAGCUGCGGCGGGGGCGGCGGCCGAAGACUCGUGCGCCGCGCGAGGCAGCCUGCAGCCGGCCCCGGCCCAGCCCCCUGGGGACUCUGCGGCCCAGGCUUCGGUCAGCAACGGCGAGGACGCGGGGGGCGGCGCGGGCAAGGAGCUGGUAGACUUGAAGAUCAUCUGGAAUAAGACCAAGCACGACGUGAAGUUCCCCCUGGACAGCACGGGCUCUGAGCUAAAGCAGAAGAUUCACUCGAUCACAGGUCUCCCACCUGCCAUGCAGAAAGUCAUGUAUAAGGGACUUGUCCCCGAGGACAAGACAUUGAGAGAAAUCAAAGUGACCAGCGGGGCCAAGAUCAUGGUUGUGGGCUCCACGAUAAAUGACGUUUUAGCAGUAAACACACCCAAAGAUGCUGCCCAGCAUGACUCAAAGGCGGAGGAGAACAAGAAGGAACCUCUCUGCAGGCAGAAACAACACAGGAAAGUGUUGGAUAAAGGAAAACCUGAAGAUGUGAUGCCGUCAGUCAAAGGUGCCCAGGAGCGUCUGCCCACGGUGCCCUUGUCUGGCAUGUACAAUAAGUCUGGAGGGAAAGUGAGACUCACCUUUAAGCUAGAACAAGACCAGCUGUGGAUCGGCACGAAAGAGCGGACUGAGAAAUUGCCCAUGGGCUCCAUUAAAAAUGUGCUCAGUGAACCUAUUGAAGGACAUGAAGACUACCACAUGAUGGCGUUUCAGUUGGGCCCCACGGAAGCCUCUUACUACUGGGUGUACUGGGUUCCAACUCAAUAUGUGGAUGCAAUCAAAGACACUGUGCUGGGGAAAUGGCAGUAUUUUUGAAAGCACUUUCACCUCUGGCCCAGGAGACUGACCCACAGGGAAGGACAUUGCUGGGAGAGGCCUGCAGCAUCCCUGCAUUUCAGAGUUCUGGAACUUUGUUCAAAAAUAGAUCCAGUCUAAGGUGAUGUGGUGACUGAAGCCAGAGGUGAUGUACUUUCACCAUUAGAUUAAUUUUAACUUAAAAUCACCGGUUCCCUUUCUUGCAGUCAGCUUCAUAACAUUUUUAAAGUCAAUAUGGAGGAAAUCAAUAAAUCUGAAUUC